CUUUCGCUCUGUGGCAACCCCAACCUUCCCUUGUGAUCUUUAUCGCUCAUCUGAAAUGCUGCUCUCAGUUCCCAACGAAAUCCUGAACAGGAUUGCCUUUGAAGCAGAUAGUCUAACUCGUCAGCACCUUCGAAGUACAUGCCAGCGACUCCAUGAUGUCGCCACACCUCUCGUCUUUGAAUCAGUCAACAUCGAUCUAUCUUGGGGGCUACACCCUAGCUCAGCUUCCAUCUUUCUUAAAUCACUUAUUUCGGGUUCGAAAUUGGCGCAACACAUCAUCCGUCUUUCCCUCUAUCUGCCCCAAAACUUCCAGCUUUGUUGCUCUUGGUUCGAACUGCAUUCCUUUGAUGACCUCUUCCUUCAAGCUAUUCCAUCUAUGGUUUCAUUGAAAUCGUUAUGUUUGAACAGUAACAAGAAUUGGGAACCGAACUAUGCUAAGCUGAUGUUUGAACGGUUCGGAAAUCUACCCCUCUUGUCCAGCCUGAAGAUAGACCGUCGCGGCAACUGGGACAUACCCUUGUCUCCAUUUCGUCACAUUCGAGAUAUCAACUUGAACUAUUGGGGCCAAAUAAGCAACGAGCUCAUUACUUUCCUCGGCUACAAUCCAGACAUAGAAAGUAUAGAUGCUUACGUCUGGAGCCAGAGCAUCGACAACGAUCAAAGUGGAUCAAUUUCAUGGUUGUUUAGCUCUUUGCCUACGGGAACGUACAGUACUGUGAAGACACUGAAGAUAGGCGGCGGAAUGUAUUCCGAGUUAUACGCAUACGAAAUCCCCAAACUCAUACCUCAUCUCCGUCACCUCGAGAGCCUGACCAUGCGUAGUAUUACCAUACCCGAUGAAUUUUGGGAUGGAUUGCAGGAGCAAGGAAUAUGCUUGGUGUCUCUCACAUAUCACGAGCCCACUUUGACGUUACUGUCGUAUCUCUCGUCUUAUACAGGGCUUCGUGAACUGUCACUUAACAUGUCGUCAGCCUCGACCAAUGGCAAUCUCCAUAUCUCAUCCCUUCUUCUGACCAUCAUCACUUCGAAUUCUUCGUCCUUGACGACAGUUCACAUUGAGCCCCACAACAGCGGAGCAUGGUGCUUGGACCAUCCUAUGCUAGAUGCUUUGGUUCUUUGCCGCGGUCUGAAGUCAUUACAUGUCUGCGCUGACAAAUCGAGAACGACAGCAGAAGAAAACAAUGUGAUUGAUAGAAUAUUACAAGCUUUCAUGUCAUCCUGGCCGAAUCUCUGGGAUCUUCAAAUAAAUACGGUUUCUCGUUCCUAUGGAUAUAACGCAGAGAGAACGACCGCAAGUGAAAUGCAUGGGCGCAUUUUAGCCUUGCGUUUCACGCCGCCACCACAGGAAAGGCCUAGACUGCAACUAUCAUCAGACUUCGCCACAUAUUCUGUGAAAAUCCAUGAUCAAAUGAACAACAUUCACGCGUUCAAGGUGCAGCACAUGAAGUAUUAUGGGGACAAGGAAUCGUGGAGGAAAUACAAGUUCUGGAAGUGAUCUGAUGAUACCAAUGAUGAUUCAUAUUCAAUAUCUACUCGUUACUCCUUGUUUUUCCAUUAUUGUGAUCAAAAUAGCCCUUAUAUUUCGAAACAGGAAAGUCAAACUUGCU